UCGGCAGGGAGGACACUUUCUCUUUCUCGGGCUCGCUCACCAAUGCUUUGCAACCAUCCACCCAGACUGAUCUUUUUUGCAAGUUUGUUUGCCGGGAGUCUCAAGGUCCCCCCCCUCCCAUCCCCCUACCCCCCAAGACUGUGCGCGCUCAGCCACCUCCCUCCCUGCGCCCCCCGCCUGCCCAGCGCCGCGCGCCCACUUGGGGUUCGCAGCCCGCGCGCCCCGUCGCGGCCGGGGGCUCGGGGCAUGCGCUCUGCGGCGCCGCCGCCCUCCCCCACCCCUUCCCGCGGCUGAGUUAUUUCAAGUAUGUGAGGAGCCCGCGAGGGCCGGCGCUGGUCAUGGGGAGCCGCCGCCGCCGCCUCCAGGAGCGCGGCUUGCUGGGGAGCGCGGCGCGCACUUCUCCCGGUGGCGGCGGGGACGAGCCUGGCUGCUGAGGCGCGGGGGAUGGCGGACCCUCUGCGGAGGACCCUGUCCAGGCUUCGGGGGCGGCGGGGUCCCCGCGCUGCCGGGGGGCUCGGACUCCGGGCGGCCGCCGCUGCAGUGACCGUGGCGGCCUCGUCUGCAGCCGAGGGAGUCGCCGGGGGUCCCCCGGGCGCCCCCUUUCGCGAACGCGCGGCGAGCUCGGAGCAGCCCCUGCCGGUGCGCCAGCCCGGAGGGCGCCGGGAGCAGCCGGGGGAGCGCGGGCCUCGGCCUCGCGGCGGGAAGGAGGCCGCCCCCUCGGACCCGGGGCUGCAGCUCGCCGCUCUGCACGCCCCGCCGAGCUCCGAGGACAGCGAGGAGGAGGAGGAGGAGGAGGAGGAGGAAGAGGAGGAGGAGGAGGAGGAGGAGGAGGAGGAGGAGGAGGAGGAGGAGGAGGAAGAGGACGAUGGCGCAGACUACUAUGAGAACCUGCCCGGCGGCGCCCAGGGCGCGCUCCAGCCGCAGCGGGAGCCCGAGGUCGAGGGGGCGGAGGCGGAGCGGUGGCCCCCGCCUCCCCCGGGGGCGAGCUCCUCCCCGGGGGCGGAGGGCGGCCGCCGGGAGACGGGCAGGCUGCAGACCCAGUUGCGAGAGGCCUAUUAUCUGUUGAUCCAGGCCAUGCACGACCUGCCCCCUGAGUCGGGCGCGCGGCGGGGCUGGGUGGAUCGCGGCUGCCCCGCGGGGGCGCAGGCUCCCGGCCAGGCUCCUUCUCCCGGCGGCAUCGCCAAGCGCAAAACUCGCCCCCAGGACUGGGAGAAGGGAGGCGGCGGCCGCUGUUGGCAGCAGGUGUCCCCGCCUAGGUCGCCUCCGGGGGAGUCCGGGGGAAGCCGCCGGGGCCCCCCUCGGGUGCGGCUGUGCUCCAGCAGAAGCCUCGAGAGCCUCCAGGUGGGCGCCACGCCGCCGCGCGUGCAGCGGUGGCCGAGCGACAGCUGGCUCAGGUGCGGCCCGCGCGGGGCCCGGGACGAGCCCCCGCCACGUGGAGGCGGGAUGCACGGCUGGAGCCGAGGCAGCGCGGGGGCCCCGGCGCCCUCCGGACUCCGGACCCCCGGCUCCCGGGACCGAGGCUGCUCUUCUGAAAACCCUUUCGGGGACCCCGCGGGAUCCUCUGUGAUCCGCUGCGGCAGUGGAGACAGCCAGGACGGACUCCCCUUCUUCAAACCUCCCGCGGUGACAGUCAAGAAGCUGCAGAAGUGGAUGUACAAAGGCCGUUUGCUGUCCCUGGGCAUGAAGGGUCGCGCCCGUGGGACACCCCCCAAAGUCACGGGAGUGCAAACAACCCCCCCAAAUCUGGGUCCUUUGAAAAUGCACGAAAGCCAAUUUCUCCCGGUGCCUCCAGACCAAAGAAUCACGCUGACAGACUUAUUUGAAAAUGUUUAUGGCUCGUCGAUGAAGAGACGAGAACUUGAAGAUCUGAAAGAUAAUGUUGAAUUCAGAAGUUACAAACCACUUAAUAGCAUCACUGUGUCAAAGAAACGGAACUGGCUUUAUCAGAGCACUCUAAGAUCUUUUAAUUUGGAAGAAAAAAAUAAGAAAUGCCAAGAUAGAAGCCACUUGUCCACCAUACCUGUUUCUUUACCUAAACAUCAGCUCUCACGACCUUUAGUCAGAUCAUCUGAAGAAUACUGUGCGUAUGUGGUGUGCAAUGCUGCUAACUCCUCAUUGUCAAGAAAGUGCUCUCUAGACUUCAAUGAGGAAAACCAUGCGGACGAUGAAGGAGAAAUUUGGUACAACCCCAUUCCUGAGGAUGAUGACUUAGGGCUAACGAAUGACUUGAGUUUUGGUAAGGCAGACUCAGCUGUUUGGAAAUUUCCUACUGUCAGUGUUAGAGUAUUAUCUGGUAGUGACCUCAUGAAAGCCGAACAGCAUACUGAAGACUUGCUGUGCUUUUCUGAACAUCUAGGCGAUGAUCAAACCACACCGUCAAAUGAAAUGAAUCCUCUAGAUGCUACACAUUCCACCGAGAAUCACAAGCAAAGACUUGGACACAAGACACCAGAAAGUACAAUGGGAGACAGUCUCACACUGAAAUCCCCUUCUGCAGGUCCUGGCAUCCUAGCUGCUCCAAAUAGGAAUGAAUUGGGAAUUACAGAACCAUCUUCUCCAAGUCCUAGUCCAGUGAAAAUGGGCAGUUCAAUUGGCUGGUCUUUCCCAGAUAAAAUAAAAUCCCCACGAACUGUGAGGAAACUUUCUAUGAAAAUGAAGAGGUUGCCAGAACUUAGCCGAAAACUGAGUGUCAAAGGAACCUUGAACUAUGUAAAUAGUCCAGAUAAUACUUCCUUACCUAAAUAUCAUUGUCGAGAAAUUCAUCAUACUGUUGCUCUACCUUCGGGGACUACAACCACAGCUGCGAAGAGGAAUGUUAUAAGUCGGUACCAUCUGGAUACCAGUGUAUCCUCUCAGCAAAGCUACCAGCAGAAAAUGUCUGUGCAUUCUAAGUUUUCUUGUAAAGGUGGUUACCUCAGUGAUGGUGAUUCACCUGAACUUAUAACUAAAUCUGGCAAACAUGGGUCUGAAAACAAGUUUGGAAAGGGUAAAGAAAUAAUUCCAAAUAGUGGUAGCAAGAAUGAAAUAGACAUUGAUGCUUUUAGGCAUUAUAGUUUUUCUGAUCAACCUAAGUGCUCACAGUACUUAUCUGGGCUCAUGAGUGUGCAUUUCUACGGCGCUGAGGAUUUAAAACCACCUCGGAUAGAUUCGAAAGAUGUCUUUUGUGCAAUUCAGGUCGACUCAGUAAACAAAGCAAGAACAGCUUUGCUCACAUGUCGGACGACAUUUCUCGACAUGGAUCACACUUUCAAUAUAGAGAUUGAAAAUGCACAGCAUUUGAAAUUAGUAGUGUUUAGUUGGGAACCCACUCCAAGAAAAAAUCGAGUGUGUUGUCAUGGAACGGUUGUUCUCCCCACCUUAUUUCGAGUGACUAAGACCCAUCAGUUGGCUGUCAAACUUGAACCUAGAGGCCUUAUUUAUGUGAAAGUGACUCUUCUGGAACAGUGUGAGAAUUCUCUUCAUGGACUCGAUAUGAACCGAGAACCAGUAAUAUUUGGUGUUGAUAUUCGAAAAGUUGUAGAGAAGGAAAGCACAGGAUUGUUGGUGCCACUCCUAAUACAGAAAUGUGUUAUGGAAAUUGAAAAAAGAGGCUGUCAGGUAGUGGGCUUGUACCGGCUGUGCGGCUCUGCGGCAGUCAAGAAGGAACUUCGAGAGGCUUUUGAGAGGGAUAGCAAAGCUGUCGGUCUGUGUGAAAGCCAGUAUCCUGAUAUAAAUGUGAUAACAGGUGUUCUUAAGGAUUAUUUAAGAGAACUCCCUUCUCCUUUGAUAACAAAGCAGCUGUAUGAGGCGGUACUGGAAGCAAUGGUGAGAAGUCCUUUGAAAAUGUCAUUGAAUGGUUGUGAGAAUGAUCCCAGUGACUCUAUGUACACCGUGGGCUUGCUUGACUGUCUGCCUGAUGUGGAAAAGGCAACCCUAAAGAUGUUAUUGGAUCACUUGAAACUGGUGGCUUCUUAUCAUGAAGUGAAUAAGAUGACCUGCCAGAAUCUGGCCGUGUGCUUUGGACCAGUCUUAUUAAGUCAGAGUCAAGAGACUUUCACCCGUAACAACAGAGUCUUUACUGAUUCAGAAGAACUUGCAAGUGCUUUGGAUUUUAAAAAGCAUAUUGAAGUUCUUCAUUACUUACUCCAGCUCUGGCCAGUUCAGCGUUUCACUGUGAAGGCAUCACCGGACAACUUGUUUCCAGAGCAGAAGUCUUCUCUAAAUUAUUUGAGGCGGAAGAAAGAACGACCUUACGUGCUAAAUCUGAGUGAAACUGAUUCAUCAAGAGUGCUUCGGCCAAGGCAAACUAGACUAGACAGCCCACUUAGCAAUCGUUAUGCAGGAGACUGGAGCAGCUGUGGAGAAAGCUACUUUUUAAAUACAAAGGAAAACUUAAAUGAUGGGGAUUAUGAUGAUGUCCCUUCAGAAGCUAGAGACGAUUGUGGCAAAUUGUAUGAAUCAAGCAUGAUGAUUGAACAACCACUUGCCAUGUCUAAAGAGUGCACUUUUCAGACCUAUUUGACUAUGCAGACGAUUGAGUCGACUGCAGAUCGAAAAGUCAAUCUCAAAGAUCUUCAGGAAAGUAUCGAUACUUUGAUUGGAAAUUUGGAGCGUGAGCUCAACAAAAACAAGCUUAGUAUGAGUGUUUGAAAUUGAGAGGUCUUUCUUUCUUUCCUUCUUCCUUCCUUCUUUCCUUCUUUCCUUCCUUCCUUCCUUCCUUCCUUUCUUUCUUUCUUUCUUUCUUUCUUUCUUUCUUUCUUUCUUUCUUUCUUUUCUCUCCUCUUUCUUUAUGUCAUAAUGUCUUUAAAAUCUUCUACCAAUCAUUCUUUUAACCUCUCACAGUGAUGCUUUAACUUUUUCUCUUAAGCUCUUCAAUGAAUGUCUAAUAAAUAAGUUCAUGUAAUUCAGUUAAAAACACUAUGUAUUCACAUAACUUUUAGUUAUUAGAACAUUUUUUUUUCCCAUGGGUGAAGAUAGCUUGAAAUUGUGAGGACUUUAAUAAAUCUUGCCAAUUCUGUAAAGAUGAUUUUUAAUGCACUUAUAAAAUUUAGAUAAGUUAUUAGCUUCUCCUCGGAAUUUUUGUCCUUCCUAGGAACUGGUUUGCCGCUGAAGCACACGGUCCCUUCAGAGGAUUGUUGCAGCUGUUCAGGUCUUGUGCGUGUGUGUUCAUGUGUACUACAGCAUCAUUCAACCCCAUUUCAUUUGCUCUGCAGAUGCUGCUAUAAGAAAACAUUUUUAUGAAAAAGUAAAAUUAUACAGUGAUGUGCUGUCUUCUGUUUUUAACAUUCAGUAAUUAUUUAAGCUUAUAAAAUGAAAUAUUUUUAUAGUCCUGAAAAUAUGUAUAUAUUUAUAAGUGCAUAUAUAUAUAUAUAUUUUUUAGAAUGGGGGAGGGGUUGACUGUGGAAUUACAUGUAUCUUUAAAGUAUAUGUGUCAUGAGGCCAAAAAUGAUUAGCUUAAAAUCAUCUUUUUUUCAGGGAGAGAUUUAAGUGAAAGGAAGAGUUACAUAGAAACACUUGAACAAAAACAGUCUGGAAAGAUCUGAAUAGCGAUAUAUGUAAUAUAUAUAAUAUAUUUUCUUUUUCUGGUUUGCAGAAAAUGUACCCUGUGAAAAAUUACCUUUUAAAUAGAAAUUCUUUAGAUUUUUUUUUUUAGGGGAUAAAGUCCUCCCCACACAUACACACCUAUUCUAUGCAUUUUGAUAUUCUGCUUUUUAAAACAAAGAAAUUAUACUUAAAACAUAUUUAUUUUAGUAAUACAUGUAUAAUAUGGACUUUAUAGUCACCCCCAUUUCUUUUUAAUGAAAUCUUGCCAGCAUAUUACAUGUUAUUGAUUCUUUUAAAUUAAUUUAUUUUGGUUAAUAUUAUCUAGAAGGUAGUCAUUGUAGCAGUCACAGCAGUGUUUUAUGAUGUAAAGUUAGAAACCCUUCUUUCCCCUUAUGUGUUUUUGUUUUUGUUUUUAAACUUUGGUUCCUGUGGAAGUGUAAUUUAAACAUUAUAAAUAAAUUUUGAAUUGCUAACAAUGAUACAACAGCCAUUAAAAACUAACUUCUUGAUGUUUUAAAAUAUUAAUGUGUUUAACUAUGUCUAUGCAACAUACAUGGGUAAACAGAACACCCUGUUAUUUGAGAACUCAGUUGUUAAACAGAUAAAUAUGUAUUUUUUAUGGAAUUUUCCUUUUUCAAAACUUUGAAUGACAGUUUAAAGAAUAGCAAAGAAUAUAUGACAGGUAAAAGUACUGAGUGACCAGUCAAGGAAAGUGCUUUAGUUUUAUUGUGGAAAGACUAUCUCAGUCUUAUUUUGUUUGCUAUGCUAUAUAGAUUAUAUAAAUUGAAUAAGUUGUUCCAGAACUGUAAAGAUUUUAUUAAAAUUUUUAACCAUGGUGUUCUACUAUUAAUUGUUAUGAUUUUCAGGACCACUUAAUGCCAUUUUUAUAAAUAGACAUACCUAAGUAUUGGACCAUCAUAUUGUAACUAUACAUUUAUGUAACAUUUUUUUAAUUCAAUAUUAAAUUUUCCAGAAUUUGAAAUAA